GCUGCAAACAGAGGCGUCAGCUACACUGAUCAUCUGCUUUAAUUAAAAUGCUAAAAACUAUCUUUAACUUCUUGGUGCUUUUUGCUGUUUUCAGCCUGAUAUGCUUUGCUGUGUUUUUAUUUUACAGCAAAAAUAAUGAUUUACUUUUCUUUACUGAUCCACAUCAUUUGGUAAAUACAAAAAAUAAAACUUCCUUAAACAUAGAGAAGACAACUGCAGUCCCAGAAUUCCACCAAAACAGGACAGCGAUGCCAGCAGCUUCUGGAAGACCUCUGGAGCCGUGCCCCGACAUCCCACCGAACCUCCAGGAAGUUCUUUAUGUGGAGUUCAGAACCAACCGGACUCUGGAGGACGUCCGGCAGCAAGUUGGUCCGCUGCUUCAGCAGGGAGGACGGUAUAAACCAGCCAACUGUGUCGCAAAACAAAAGAGAAGUCCGGGGCUAUUCAGAAAACAUCGCCCAAGUCUAACUACGCGCCUGGGUGAGAGUGACCCGAGGUAUGGGGUAGCUAUCAUCAUCCCAUUCAGAAAUCGUUAUGAUCACCUGAGCCACUGGCUGCAUUACCUCCAUCCGAUCCUCAUACGACAGCAGCUGGACUACAGUGUGUACGUCAUCAACCAGGAGGGAGACGGAGUGUUUAAUCGGGCUAAACUGAUGAAUAUUGGACACACUGAAGCCCUGAAGGAGUAUGAUUAUGAGUGUUUUGUCUUUUCUGAUAUAGACCUGGUACCUCUCAAUGAUCGUAACCUCUACAGAUGUUCUGAUAAGCCAAGACACUUAUCUGUUGCUGUAGACAAGUUUAACUUCUUAUUACCCUACAACAACAUCUUUGGUGGGGUCACAGCGUUGUCCAGAGAGCAGUUUUUGAAAGUUAACGGCUUUUCAAACACGUUCUGGGGCUGGGGGGGAGAGGACGACGAUCUAUACCAGCGGAUCGUUUUCCGAGGAAUGUCCAUAUCCCGACCAGACUCUGUCAUCGGAAGGUACAAGAUGAUUAAGCAUGGAAGAGAUUUGCACAAUGAUCGUAAUCCAAAUAAUGUUCAGAAACUAAAUGAAACGCCUCAAACUAUUGACAGAGAUGGACUUAAUUCUCUCAGUUAUACAGUCAGGAAGAUUAGGAAGGAUUUAUUGUACACAUUUAUUACUGUAGAUGUUCAGACUACUGCGGGCUAUGGCAGGGUGGGGGGAGGUUCUGGCAUGUAUUCAUGCGUGAGUGCAGUUGUUUCCUCUGUUCAUCUAUAUCGUGUCAGUUCAGAACAAAUGUCAUAACAAGGCUUCUUAAACAGCAACCACAGCAACUAAACAUACAUUAGAUGUGACCUUUAAACUUCAUUAAAUGACAGGACUGGAUCUUCCCUGAAAACAUUAUUUUUAGACCCAUGUAAAACUGUGGUGUUGAUUCUUCAACCUGCAUCCAAGACAAGAAACUGUUGAUUUAGACUCUUAUCCCUGUGGGGGUACAAGUCCUGUUUUCAAAGAAAUCAACCCAACUCAAACCUUUAAUUUGGGCCUUACUCUGUACAUUAUUAGUAAUGUUAUAUAUAUAAUGAAAUGUUAUGUAAAAGGAGACUAUAAAAGGUCACCAGUGGUCAUUUCUAAGUGUUUUCUGUUUCAAUGUACAAAUAAAUCUGAUGUAUGAAGGAAUUAAUCUUCAUCUAUUUCACCAA